AUGCACUCCAGCGAGGACAUCGCUCCGGGAUCUGAUUUGACCCCUCGACUGGGGGCUAUUGACAUCACGACAAUUUGGCAUGUCAUCAACGCCGGUGACAAAUACCUCUUCUCCGACGACGAGGAACUCGCCGAUCCCGCACGAGAGUUCUUCAAGUUGUGGUAUGCGCAAAACGUGGACCUGGAUAGUUUCACACCAGACCUCGCGACCACGACAUUUGCUCGGCAGCUGGCCCUUCCCUGCCAUUUCUUCGACCACCCCGAAGCAUUUGCAGCGAUCACCAAGUGGCUUGCGUACAAUUGUGUGGGACACAUUCAAGAGUCGGUACCAGUCAAGUUCAAGUUCGUUCACCUGCAUCUCUGCCCUCCAGACUUUGUCGGUCCAGUAAACCAUGCGCGCGGCAGCCUGAAGACGACGCUUCACCGCGGACUCUGGAACCGGGUUGGCGACCUACUGAAGAAGGGCAGUAACGGCAUCGCUUGCGCGCACUGGGCAGAGACUGCUGGCCGAUACUUUGGCGCACUGACUAAACUUGAAGUGUACCCGCUCGAACUCAGCUUCUCCAAGAACUCCAUCAACACCCUACUUGGCUGGCUUGGGGAUUUCCACUUGAAUAAUAAGAUUAUCGGUUGCUACUCUUGCAAAGCAGACUGGAACCGGGAGGUCAAGUCUGCAGUCUACCGAACUAGGGGCCACUUUGACGGUCUCUGUAUCGACUGCAUGGACAAGAGCAAAAUCAAGAAUGGCCGCAACGAUGAGGAUUACUGGGAGAAACUGGGGGCGGUAGACGGGAGGUUCGACAAGGACUGCCGCAUCAGGCACGCAGACAACACUUGGUGGGUCUCUUGGUGUGGGCGCGAUGAGCAUCGCCGGAAGCUCAUGGAUGAGAAGCGCGCACAGGAGCGACAGGAAUGA